AUGUCGUUGAAAUCACUACCGAAGAACUCCAAUGUCGCUGUAUUGGGAGCAGGAAUCCUGGGACUUACAUUCACAUACUUUUUGAGUAAAUUGCGACCCGACUUGAACAUUGAAAUAUUUGAAAAAUCCAAUAGACCAGGUGGCUGGAUGUAUCUGCCACACCUUCAUGUUACUAAAACCGGUGAGUCUAUUUUGUUGGAGAAAGGACCACGAACAUUACGAGGGAUUAAAAAUGGGAGUUUGUUUAUGAUUGAUAUCUUACGAGACUUGAACAUACAAGAUCAGGUUGAAGUUAUUCACAAAUCAAGUAAUGCUAAUCGAAAAUACAUAACUGAUGCACAAGGUGAAAUUGUGCAGGUUCCUAAUUCGUUGGCAACGACAAUUGAUUUCUUCAAACACGUUCAAUGCGUUGACGGGAAAUUGAUCAAAGGGUUGAUAAAAGAGCCAUUUGUGAAACCAUUGGCUCACGACGAGACUGUUGAACAGUUUUUCAAGCGAAGAUUUGGGAGCACUGCAUUGACUGAUAAUGUUGCUAGUGCGAUCAUGCAUGGUGUGUAUGCUGGUGACAUUGGUAAAUUGAGUAUGAAAAGUGUGAUGCCGUUUUUGAAGGAUGUGGAAACCCAAUCUGGAUCCAUUGUAAAACACAUAUUAAGAUCAAUUGUGAAAAAAUCGGCAAAGAAGAAUGGGUUGGAAUUGCUGACUGAAUUGCAAUUAUAUGAAAAGUUGAUUUCACCAGGGGCUAAUUUCUUUGCCUUGCAAGAUGACCUCAAAGCAUUUCCUAUGAUUAAGCUCAAGGAUGGGAUGGAGACUUUUCCCAAACACUUAGCCAAGUACUUGGUCAACAACACAAACACAAACAUCCAUUAUGGGACUCCAGUUCGACAAUGUGAUCCUAAAUUAGGAGAGGUGAAUGGGCAGUCAUUCGAUCAUGUUAGAAGCACAAUCAACAGCCACUCUUUAGCUCAAGCUUUACCUCAGGAGAAUCCCCUUGUGCCAGAUUUAAAGUCAGUUGAAUAUGUUAGCAUUUUCUUGACGAAUUUGUAUACCAAAAAGCCAGUUUUGUUGCCAAAGAAUAAACCAGGUUUUGGAUUUUUGAGACCACGUCAUCAAAACAUUGAUAGGAACCCACAAGCGCUACUUGGGACAAUAUACGAUUCAGAUAUCGAGAAUAAUGUACAAGGCUUAUUUACUGGAGAAAAAGCCACUCCAAAUGAGUGCAACAAAAUAACUAUAAUGAUGGGUGGUCAUUAUUACAAUUGUUGGAACAUCCCAUCAAACAAAUUGAACUUGAAAAUUGUCAGGGAUGUGUUGCAGGAGAAGUUGAAAGUAGAUCUAUCAAAGUAUAAUAUUAAAGUCAUUGAUGAAGGACAAGAGUUGGAAGUGGAUUCAAUCGAGCCCAAUGAUAUCGUAAUCAGCUACUCCUUGCAUAAAGAUUGUAUUCCGCAAUACAAUUUGGGAUACCAAGAGUUGAAAGCUAGAGCACUUGAUGUUUUGGAGAAAAACAAUUACAAGCUAUCAUUUGGCGGCACUGUAUUUGCUGAAGGACUCGGGGUUCCCGAUUGUGUUAGCAAUUCAUUUACUGACGCUGUUAAACUCAUGUAA